CAUCCCACCCAACAAAUAAAGCAGCCCUCGAACGUCUUCUUUGCGCAAUGCGUCUUUCUAUUCUCUUCUCUUUGGCGGCUCUCGUGGCCGCCGUCGCUGCCUCUCCCGGUGAUGGCUGGGGCACGACCAUCAACAAACGCGGAGAAUUAAUCUCUCGCCAGGACUGCUGCGAAGACCCUCCCGGCUGUGGCUGCCCCACUUUCUGCACCGGCGACUGCGCUGGCUGUUGCCCCUCCUAAACGGGCACGCCGUUGGAACUCAGAGUCAAACACGUCCACGGUUCGAAGUCUGAGGUACUAUGUCACAGAGGGACUGAAAUACUAGUGGUAUGAGAAGUGGUAUGAGCAGGUUUAGGAGCUGCGGCGUAUGUACGAGUAUGCAUGAUGUGCGAGUUGAGCCGCAUAAAUUGAUGUGCUGUUGUUUUAUGACGGGCUGGAAUCAAGUGUCUCGAAUG